GUAUCAAUUCGUCUGCAACUUUAGUACAGCUGAUCUGUUGAUCUUCUGUCCUACUUUAGAGUAAACUAAAGUGCUGUAGUUUGUAAUUUAUUUCAUAUUAUACAAGCAUAAACAUGAAUUUUAAACGAUUUACUCAUUUAAAACUCCCACCAGAGCAAUAUUUGCGAAAGAAUAUUCAUAAAUACGCUACUGUUUGCGAAACGAAUGAUACAAAAAAUGUUGGUAAACGACUCGAGGUUCAGGGAUGGGUCAGAGCUCUGCGAAAGAUGAAAAACAAUAUCUUUUUAGAUGUCAAUGAUGGAACAUCUAGUCAACAUCUACAAGUGGUUUUGAAUAAAAAUCAAAAACCAGAAAAUUUAAAUUAUGGUUGUAGUAUUGUAAUUGAAGGCCAAGUAGCACAAGCGCCCAAUGGUAGAGCAGAGCUACAGGCUGAAAAUAUUCAAGUCAUAGGCAAUUGUGACCUUAACGAAUAUCCUUUUCUGCCAAGGAAACAAUAUGAAAGUGAAUAUGUUAGACAAUUUUUGCAUUUAAGACCAAGAACAAGAACAUUUUCUAGUAUUAUGAGAUUGAGAAGUUUGGCAUCCGAUGCAAUAAGAGACCAUUUCUCAAAGCACAAUUUUAUUAAUGUAGAUACUCCAAUUAUCACAUCAAACGAUUGUGAAGGUGCAGGAGAAAUUUUUAAUGUUCAACCAAAUUCUCAUGAACUUCUUGCAAAAAUGAAAAAAGAAGGUAGUACUGAUGACACUGCUACUUACUUCAAUACUAAAACUUUUCUUUCUGUAUCUGGACAAUUACAUCUUGAAGCUUGUGCAAGGGCCUUAUCAAAAGUGUAUAAUUUUUGUCCAGCAUUUAGAGCAGAAAAUUCAAAAUCAAGGUUGCAUUUAUCAGAAUUUUACAUGAUUGAAGCUGAAUUAGCUUUUAUGACGUCUGUAAGAGAUUUAGCAAAUGAAGCAGAACUAUUAGUCAAGUCCACUAUGUUGAGGAUCAUAGAAAAAGGAGCAUUAGACUUAAAAUUUGUUCAAGCACCAGAACCAGCAUGGCUGAAUAGAGCAUUCGGAUUUAUAACUUAUCAAGAAGCAUUAGAUACACUUAAUCGCCAUGCUGAUAAACUUGCCUUUCCAAUUAAGCAGGGAGAAAAUUUUGCUAAGGAGCAUGAAUUGUUUUUAGUUCAACAUUAUGGUAAUGUCCCAGUUUUCAUAGUAGAUUGGCCAAAAGAAUGUAAACCAUUUUAUAUGCAGGAAUGUGACUAUGAUAAUAACAAAGUAAAAGCAUUGGAUUUAUUAGUUCCAACAGUUGGUGAACUUAUUGGUGGAAGUGUUAGAGAGGACAAUUAUGUAAAAUUAAAAGAUAAACUACCAUGCAAUUCUAAUUUAGACUGGUAUUUACAAUUAAGAAAGUAUGGCAAUGUUCCAACAGCUGGUUUUGGAAUGGGAUUUGAACGCUUUCUACAAUUUAUUUUGGGCGUACCAAAUAUUAAGGAUGUAAUUCCUUUUCCAAGAUGGCCAUACAAUUGCAAUCUGUAAUAUGACACCGAUCGCCAAACAAUUGUCAUUUGUGAUUUAUUCGUGUUACUUGAUACAAAAGUAAUAAUCUUCAAACUGUUGUUUUUUUUAUUGAAAUGUACUCUGUUGAAACAUAUAAAUUGAUAGAAACUAUAAACUGAAAUAGAUAUAAGGUGUAAAAAAAUAGACAAAUUUUUGAAGUUUCAAGUAUUUUAUUUAAGAUUUUAUUUAUCUUAUGUUAUCCAAGUUUAUUAUUAGCAGCAUGAAAAUAGAUAUGGAGCCACUUUUACACAAAACGUGUAAAAAAAUUAGUUUCAAUGUUGACCAAACGAUUUAAUAGCCAUAUAUCAGCACUAUUAAUAAAAGGAAAAAUCAAGUUUCAUUUUGUAAUAUCAGUGUAAAUAAAUUAUGUAAUUCAAUUUUAUUUAUAUAAUAUAAUAAACUAACUGCGACUUGAGAAAAAGAUUAAGGA